GUUCGUAUUCGCAAAGCACCGUGGGUAGAGUUAGUCAGAUGACCCUCGCCUCUCCUCUGAGAUCUACAGGCGUGUUACCGCUGAAGAAAUCACACAUAUUUAAAGGCUCAGCCAUGAGGCACCUGCUCUUCCUUCUCCCAGCCCUUCUGCUGCUGCUGGGUUUGCCUGACACAAGGGGGCGCUACAAUGAUGACUUUGUUGAUGGUGAGGACAUUGCUGAGUUUGAUGACAAUGACUUUGCAGAAUUUGAAGAUGUCAAUGAAGAUCCAACAGCUGAUGUGGAAAAAGAGCCACCCCCACGAGCAGCCCCCUUGUCCACACCGGUAGAGGACGAUGAAGACGAGGCCACAGUGGAGAAUGAGGAUGGCCAGGAUGAGUUUGAAGAUGGUGAUGCACAGGAUCAAGACAUGUACAGCAAGUAUGACAAUGAGGAGUUUGAGGGCUACGAGAAGACCAACCCCUCCUUCAAAGACACUCUUAUAUACAGAGAGGUCCCAGCACAUCUGCAGAACAGCUGGGAGAGUUAUUACAUGGAGAUCUUGAUGGUCACUGGUCUCCUUACCUAUAUAAUGAAUUACAUAAUUGGAAAAAACAAGAACAGCAGGCUCGCACAGGCCUGGUUCAAUUCCCACAGAGAACUUCUCGAGAGCAACUUUGCCCUUGUGGGUGAUGAUGGUACCAGUAAGGAGGCCACCAGUACGGGGAAGCUGAAUCAGGAGAAUGAGCACAUCUAUAACCUCUGGUGCUCGGGUCGUGUCUGCUGUGAGGGGAUGCUAAUUCAGCUUAAGUUUCUGAAAAGACAGGAUCUGCUGAAUGUGUUGGCACGAAUGAUGAGACCAGCCUGUGAUCAAGUGCAAAUUAAAGUGACACUAAAUGAGGAGGACAUGGACACGUUUGUGUUUGCUGUGGGGAGUCGGAAGGCCAUGGCACGAAUGCAGAAAGAGAUGCAGGACUUGAGUGAGUUCUGCGGGGAUAAGCCCAAGUCAGGGGCUAAAUUUGGUCUCACUGACUCUCUGACCAUCUUAUCAGAGUUGGGAGAGGUCACAGAUGGAUUGAUGGACAACAAGAUGGUAUAUUACCUCUCCAAUCAUGCUGACAAGAUUGAGUCCAUUCAUUUUUCGGACCAAUUUUCUGGUCCAAAAAUUAUGCAAGAGGAGGGUCAGCCCUUAAAGCUGCCUGAGACCAAGAAAACACUGCUGUUUACAUUUAAUGUGCCUGGAAUGGGUAACACAUCUCCCAAAGAUAUGGACAGUCUGCUUCCUCUGAUGAACAUGGUGAUCUACAGCAUUGACAAAGUCAAGAAGCUCCGCCUCAAUAGAGAGGGGAAGCAAAAAGCUGACAGGAACCGUGCUCGUGUGGAGGAGAACUUCCUGAAGCAGACUCAUGCUCAAAGACAGGAGGCUGCUCAGACACGCCGAGAAGAGAAGAAGAGAGCGGAGAAAGAGAAGAUCAUGAAUGAGGAGGAUCCAGAGAGACAGCGCCGCCUAGAGGAAGCUGCCCAACGUCGUGAGCAGAAGAAGCAGGAGAAGAAGCAGAUGAAAAUGAAGCAGAUCAAGGUGAAAGCCAUGUGAGCAGAGGGAGGCAUACGUAGUCAUUAUAAUAUUCUACUACUUCCGUAGCUCCUGCUUGCACCUACCAAUGUACACUCUCUUACAAGGUCUUAUAUGAAUGUGUAUGCAAUUCUGUUGGCUGCUACUGUACCCAUAGAAAUGCUCUGUCCAAUCAGGAUGAAGCAAGCAGCAUGUUAAGGAGUAAAUCUGAUCUUUCAAAGACAACUGGAUUGGAAAUAGAUGUGUUUAAAAGCCAUUUGAAAGUUUUACUGUACAAGUCAUUUAGUUAAAGCAUGGGUGUUCUAAAUAAUUGCAUGGCAGAUUUUAAUUUAAAUUGUAUGAAUUCUGAGCAAGUUGGCCAGGUAAUAUGUUGCUUUCUUGUGGGCUUUGCUAUAAUAAACUUUUAGCCAAUCAUACUUUAGCCAACCCUUUCCAACUCCGUUGUCUCCUGAAGUUCAGACCUUCCAUAUGAGAACUUUGUUGAGAGGAACUGCAUUUUCAUUUGAAUCUACUCAUUUCAUCCCUUGUCAAAGUUUCAGCUAUGCUUCUUUUUAAUUGUGAAAUCAGGGAGUGUUUUUUAAGGAACUGGGUGGGUAAAAAAAAAAGCUACCUUUUUUGUAAUAAAGUGCUUCCUUAUCUCCACUUACUUGGAAGUUCAUGGUUGCAACUAUUUAUAGAUAAAAACUUGGCAAGUCAUCAUCAUCUUUGUGUCUUUCUCACUCUCUCUUUUUAUGAGCAAUUGUGAAUUUUCAAUGAGGCAGCACAAACUACUUCUGUAAUAGUAUUUAAUAGAGGUGAAAUUUUAAUUUAUCUUUAAGUUAAAGGUCGAUCAGAUCAUCCAUGGGCUUAUAUCAUGUUUUUUGAGAGAACAAAUUGUAACACUUUUUUGUAAUAUUUGUUAAAGACAGUGCAAACUAAAUAAAACAUUCACUAAUAAACAAGUUUAAUUUGUG